AUGCCACACCCCAUCCGCGUGUCGCAUGCAUCUUCCUCUUCGACGUCGACUUCGUGUGUCCUCUAUAGCCUCUCCCCUCCCCUCUACGUCCCCACCUGUCCUAUCGUCCUGUUCCUCUCUCGCCGAACACUUCAUCGAUUCGACGGGCGUUCUCUAUUCCACCAAACACUCCUUAUCGUGCGUCACCCGACUAUUUCUUUCCCAUCGAUGAGUACUGGAUAUCUGACGUCGACUUCGCUCAGUCGCGGCCUCUCCCGAUACCCUACCCGCAAAUGUCUGUGUGAACGGGCUCAACCUCUGCCCAUUGCGGUAUCGUCUCCAUCAUUCUCGCCUGAUUUAUUCGUCAUUCUUGCCAACGAUCUGCACCGUCCUACGAUACACAUUAGCAUCGGCACAGCUGACGUUGAACGGGCGAAACGAGAGGCCUGGCGGCUUAAAUCUGCCUUUCCUUUGCCUCGCCGUCGUGUUGUUGUUGUUGUUGUUGUUGUCAUCAGUCAUGCCUGUCGUUCCGUCUUUGCUCUGCUCGAUGCGUUCCCUUUCACCAAACCCUAUCUCUGUCACAGUCAUGGUACAAACUUUAUCCUCAACUCUUGCGAUUCCAUCGCUGAUAGCUAUUCUGGGAUCGAGAAUCCACACCAGCACUCCAUCGCAGAUGACGGUGGUGAUGCGGCUGGUCGCUCUAAGACUCUUGGAAUGAAACUGUCAGCGAUGCAGCCUACACGAGGAGGCGUCGGUGUCAUCUUCUCUCAUGACAGCUUCUGUGACUUCCUUCCCUUUCGCAAUCUGUACUCUCACGGCCUCCUCGGUCCUACGCGGUGGACCACUCGUGAUGCGGUGCACUCUUUCAUUCACGCUGACACCAUCGACUAUUUCGUUAUCUAUCCUCCUUCGAUUUCACAGACGUCGCCUCGUAUAGGCCAUUACACUGCGUCAUCCGGCUCCCACAAACACUUGUUUGGCAACAACGCUGUUCAAAGCUCGAGAUUGGGAGUGGCGAUAUGCCUCUCCUAA